GGCCCGAUGAAGUUUGGGAAGGAGCUCCUCAACUCGGUGAACCAGAGCAACCCCGAGUGGGGUCCGUUCUGGAUGAACUACAAGGUGCUCAAGAAGCGCAUCAAGGCAGUCGUCGCGUCGGCCAAGCCGCCGACGUCCGAGAACAACAAGGAGGCCGAGCUCACGCAGAACCAAGAGGAGAUCGAGUUCUUCAUGGAGCUCCGCGACCAGCUGCGGAAACUCGCAUGCUUUUACGUCUCGGAAGAGAAGCGGUACCUCUUCCGCUUCCAUCAGCUCCAAUCGGUGCUGCGCGAGAUGAAGAAGAAGACGUCGGACGUCGACGAGAUGGACGCGAAGCGGCUCAUGCUCGCCUUUGUGCACUUUUACCGCGAGUGCAUCCAGCUCGAAAACUACGCGGUCAUGAACUACCAGGGCUUCUCCAAGAUCCUCAAGAAGCACGACAAGAUGACGGGCCACAACACACGAACGAAGUACAUGCGCAAGAUGGUCAACCAGUCGCCGUUCGCCAACUACCCGCAGCUCAUCACGAUGCUCGAGAACACGGAGCGCAUGUUUGCCGAGAUUCCCGUCGGCGACUCGGUCAUGCAGACGGCCAUGCACAUGGCCACCAUGAUGGGCGCGCCAUCCGCAUCCGCCAACGACGAGCCCAUGGCAGCGACCUAGGUCGCAUCUCAUCUCACAACUAUUAGGCACCCUCUAUGUAUUCGCGGCCCACCUUAGGAUAACACACCACCUCUAUAGCAGGACCGUCGACAAACG